ACCCCUAAAGGGGUAUGAUUUUUGACACCCCCUUUAUGAUUGGCCAAUUCUAUUUUCAAUCAUUGGCAAAUAUUAAUUAAACUGGUUUUUUAUUUUUUUUAAUCUUGUAAUUUGGGGUCUCUCACCACAUUGGAAAAGAGAAAGAAUCUGGGGAAAAACGAAAUCACCCCCAUUAAUUACAUAAUUAAUUUCUCUCACUGGUACAUUAAUUACACGUACCAGUGGAGUACGUGUACCAGUGGAGUGGUACCUGUACUAGUGGAGUGGUAUUUGUAUCAUUGAAGUGGUACUGCAUUGUUGCUCCGUUAUUGUUUAUCAUUGUUAUGAAAAAUAUCAUUGCACUGGUAUUGUUCUCACUCUAACCUACCUUGUGGAUUGCUCGCACCAGUGGAGUGGUACGUGUACCAGUGGAGUGGUACGUGUACCAGUGGAGUGGUACGUGUACCAGUGGAGUGGUACGUGUACCAGUGGAGUGGUACGUGUACCAGUAGAGUGGUACGUGUAAUUAAUGUACCAGUGAGAGAAAUUAAUUAUGUAAUUAAUGGGGGUAAUUUCGUUUUUCCCCAGAUUCUUUCUCUUUUCCAAUGUGGUGAGAGACCCCAAAUUACAAGAUUAAAAAAAAUAAAAAACCAGUUUAAUUAAUACUUGCCAAUGAUUGGAAAUAAAAUUGGCCAAUCAUAAAGGGGGUGUCAAAAAUCACUACCCCUUUAGGGGUUAGCAUAGUAUCCUACCCCACAAAAAGGGCAUAUUUGCCAUUAAUAUUUGGAUAUCCUACUAUUGAACCCAGUGGCGGAUCUAGAAAUUUUUUAUAGGGGUGUCCUCUCUAAAAAAAUGAAAAAUAAAUAAUUCAUAAAUAAAAAAUACAUGAAUAGUACAAAUUUAACAAAAGGCCACGACGUGUUUUCAUACUGUGAAAAAGAAUAUAAAAUAUACUCGACGUCGUCACUGCUCAACAAAUCUAUAUAUCAUACUAGACAAUAUUUCACGAAUUGAUCGCAUAUUCAAUUUCUAACCUUGUUCUUUAUGUAACUCAAAGUUGAAAGACUCUUUUAACUCUUACCGUGUAACUAUAAAACCAAUUCAAAUUAAGGAUAGCCCGUAAUUAGUUUAGUUGUUAGGUUUUGAAAAUAGUUGGGGAUAAAGAAUAAUUUUUUUACUAUUUCAUAGUGUUUAAAUAGAACAAGAAAUGAGUUGCAACCUAGAGAAUAUGUUUAAUAAUAGUAGUGUCCUAGGUUCGAAUAACACAAACUACCAUUUAUAUUUUUUUUAAUCUUACACAAACUACUAUCGAGAGUAGUAUAAUCAUUUUGUUCAAAAUUUAAAGGUGUACCGGAUUACCAAUUAUAAUUUUUUUUCUCGAUACGAAACUACAACCGGGGGUUGAAUAAUCGUUCUUCCAAAUUUAGAGGUGUCCCGAGACACCCCUAAAUGUCCAUGUAUCCGCCACUUAUUGUACCAUCAGUGGUGGUGUCAAAAUUUCGUUUACAACGAGUCUGAGAUGGAGUAGAAUGGAUGAAUUGGUUGCCGGUGGUAACAAGUUCAGGGUGAUUGGUGUGGUGGCGUUGGAAUAAUGGAAUAUAUUUAGUGGACGACAACGGCUAGCCAGGUUAGAUAGGGGGGAGGAGCUGAGGAGCUUGAUCAAGAGUGAAGCUUUUAAGGGAAAAGAAUACAACUGAUCGAUUUUUUCCUUUUUUGCAUUAGAUGGAGGCCGAAGCCAAGAAAACAGAACAAGCUAGGAAGGCAGGAUUAUAGAGAGGUAGAGGGGUGUGUCGAUCACAACACGACUCUCGAAAGAAAUACCGAUGGUGUCGUCUCUAAGAAUUUGGGUCACUCCUGAGAAUGGGUUAGCAAGUUCAUGCAUACCGUAGCAAUAGACGAGACUAUGUUUUGAGAGCCAGUACGAGACUUUAUUUUUCUUCUCGAUAUGUAUGAAUGACAUUAGCCAACCAUUCUUGCCCCAGUUUCCUCCGGAUCGUCUCUAGAAGCGAAGUGUAUGGACGUACCAGGUUCUGUUUGUUGCUGAUCGAAUUUGAUUUAUAUGUCUAGUAUAUUUAUGUAAGAAAUUAGAAAGAUUAAUAUAUACAAAAUGCGAUGAAUAUAAAUUGUUUAUUUGUCUUAUUUCACAAUCGAGAUAAGUCUCGAGACCCAUUUUGUUUGUCACUGACUCCACCUGAUGGUGUUAUGUAAGAUAAGGACAUAAUUGAAUCUUCAAAGAUGAUGGUAUAUGACUAUAAACCUGUGGAACUAAUUGCAAAACAAAACAAGCUUACCCACUACAUUAAAAAGUAGAAUCUUUCCACUUAAGUCGUGUAAUGUAUUUUGUUUUCAAAGUCCAAAUUCAAAAUUACAAGCUAUGAUUUUGUUUUAUUAUGGGUAGGGUAAUACAAUUUUUGGUAUAUAAAAGACUCAUAGUUAAUUACUAUUCUGCAACUGAGAAUUCAACUCUAUCUGUAACAAUUAAGACAAGUUAGAUUUUGUCCAGUUUGAUCCCUGAAACUUUGAUAUAUUUCUUAAACGAGACCACAUACCAAGUUUUUACCAAAACAAGUCACCAAAGUUCACGAAUUUUCCUAAAGGGACUACUUGCCUGAAAAUCUUAAAGAAUUGCAAAGUUCAGGUACUAAUCAUACUGUUUGAAAAUUUAACGGAGGAGAAUUACAAUUAACCUCAUCCCAUAUCCCGUAGAAAUUAUCCAGUAAUUAAGCUUGAAUCAGACGGUCCCGGCAUUAGUUCCUGAAAAAAUCCCACUUUUAUACGGCCCAGAUCUCAUCUCUACACUGUUCGGCCGUUACCGAAUCUGACCCAAUUAAUAACAGAAGCCGAGCCGAGCCCAAAUGCCCAAUGCUGUGUACCCACGCGGCCACGACCGCUGUUUUAAGUUUUAACCGCCGUGAAAAUUGAAAUGCUCACAAAUCCUCCGUCAACGUUUACGAAAUUACAAUUUAAUGCCCCCAUUAAAAAUUAAAAUCUCCCGAUACUAAAUAAUAAAUUUCUCCCUCCCAAUAAAUAAAAGGCCUAGAGCUUAGACUGCUUAGUCACUCACACUUCCCUCCUUUCUUCCUUCCAUUCCCCUGCCUACCUCUGGCAACUCUCACUCCUUCCAACUCUCCCUCGAUCACUGCGUCAAAGUACUUCAGAACUCUCCGGCGCCGACGAUUUUCGCAUUUCGGCCGGUGUUAGUCUGUAAUGACGGUGUUCUCCGGCAAGCAGGUGGUCCCGGUAGACUACGGCGCCGAGGUGUCGCAGCGGCUCCUCGAAGCCUGCCUCGCCGGCGAUCUCAGAUCCGCACUCGACUGCAUUCCCGAUCCCUCCCUCGACGUCAACUUCGUCGGAGCCGUCUGCUUGAAGUGCCGUCGUAGCGAGGUCGUUCUCCGCGACGAGUCCCCCGGCGAGGUCAGAGUCGAGUACGAGGAGUUCAGGACCGACGUCACCGCUCUAUUUCUCGCCGUCCACUCCGGCAACGUCGCUCUCGUCAGGAACCUCCUGAGCGUGGGAGCUGACGUGAACCAUAAGCUCUUCAGGGGGUUUGCGACAACAGCAGCAGUAAGAGAGGGCCACCUCCAGAUUCUAGAGAUCUUACUGAAAGCUGGCGCGUCUCAGCCGGCUUGUGAAGAGGCCGUCCUGGAAGCUAGCUGUCACCAAGGGCGGGCGAGGUUGGCCGAAGCAUUGAUGGGGUCUGAUCUCAUUCGGCCCCAUGUUGCUGUGCAUGCCCUUGUCACCGCUUCCUGCCGUGGGUUCGUCGAUGUUGUCGAUACCCUUAUGAAGUGUGGUGUGGACUUCAACACCACCGACAGAUUGCUAUUGUUGUCGUCCAAGCCUUCCCUCCACACCAAUGUUGACUGCUCUGCGCUUGUUGCUGCUGUUGUUUCUAGGCAGGUUGAUGUAGUUCGCUUGCUGCUAAAGGCUGGCGCGAAAACUGAUGUGAAAGUGAGGCUAGGAGCAUGGUCAUGGGACACAACCACCGGCGAGGAGUUCCGGGUCGGCGCUGGACUAGCCGACCCUUACGGCAUCGCAUGGUGCGCCGUCGAGUACUUCGAAGCCACCGGAACCAUCUUGAGAAUCCUCCUCCAACAACACUUCUCACCAAAUACCACCCACCACGGUAGAACCUUGCUCCACCACGCCAUCCUAUGCGGCAACCCAGCCGCUGUCAACGUGCUCUUAACCUCUGGCGCCGAUGCAGAGUCCCCUGUUCAUACUUCGAAACAAGCCUUCAGACCAAUCCACAUGGCCGCCCGCUCAGGCUCGCCACAAAUCCUCAAGCUCCUGAUCAACUCCGGCUGCCAUCUCAGCUCCACCACGGACUCCGGCGACACCGCUUUGAUGAUCAGCGCAAGGUACAAACACGGCGAGUGUCUCAAAGUACUCGCCAUGGCCGGUGCAGAUUUCGGCCUACUCAACAACGCAGGCCAAUCUGCACUCUCACUGGCUACAGCAAACCGCUGGUCGCUCGGUUUCCAGCAAGCAGUACACGAAGCAAUUAGAGCACGAAAUGGUGAAAAGGUCAUUGUUUCGAGCAGUCUGUCCGUCUUCAACCCUCUCUUCUUCGUAGCUCAAUCCAGCGACGCUGAGGCAUUGCAGGACCUGAUCAAGUCAGGGGAGGUCAGCCUUAACUACCAAGAUGAGGUCAACGGCUACUCUGCAGUAAUGUGCGCAGCUCUACACGGCCGUGUAGAGUCCUUCAGGGUGCUGGUCUACGCUGGGGCCGACGUCAAGCUACAGAACAAAGCCGGCGAGACAGCCAUCUCAAUCUCCGAGCUGAACUCAAACCGCGACUCAUUUGAGAAGGUGAUGCUCGAGUUUGCACUCGAGCAAGGCAACAGAAACUCCUCCUCCGGAGGGUUUUACGCACUGCAUUGUGCUGCUCGUCGUGGGGACACUACUGCAGCAGAGCUUCUGACGUGUAGAGGCUACGAUGUCAACGUUCCAGACGGAGAUGGGUACACUCCGCUGAUGCUGGCAGCGAAAGGUGGCUUCAAGUCCAUGUGCGAGUUGUUGAUAUCUCAUGGUGCUGACUGCGAGUUCAGGAAUGCCAGAGGCGAGUCUGCAGUUUCUUUGGCUAAGAACAAGGAAGUGAGGAACAAGAUACUCGACGAGCUUGCACGCAAGCUUGUUACUCAAGGGUGUCGCGUGAUGAAGCAUACCAAGGGAGGCAGAGGGGUGGCUCAUGAGAAGGAGAUCAGAAUGGUGGUGGCGAAAGGAGUUUUGACGUGGGGGAAGAGUGGUCGGAGGAAUGUGGUCUGCUUGGAUGCAGAGGUGGGAGCCAGUAAAGUGUUUCGGAGGAACAGGAAGAGCAGAGGAGAUGGUGAGGUGUCACCUGGGUUGUUUCGGGUGAUGACCACGAAGAAGAAAGAGGUUCAUUUCGUCUGUGAUGGUGGCGAUAAGAUGGCUGAGCUUUGGGUUAGAGGGAUAAAGCUGGUUACUAGAGAGGCUAUCUGCGGUUGAAAGAUGGGGAAGUAGUAUACAUAGAGAAGAGAGAUGAUGAGAGGGUUUGGUUUAGAGAGGAGUUUACUUCUUCUUGAAGUAAGCUGUGGAGAGUUCUUGAUUUUGUAAAGUUCUCUUUUGAUCCACCUGUAGUUAAAAGUGGCCAUUUUCAAUCCGAGAAGUUUAGUAGAACAAAAUAUGACCAUAGUUGGUGAAUCAAAGGAUUAUACCGAACUCACUAAUGAAGAUGGUAACCAUAUAUAGUAGAACAAAAUGUGACAUGGUAA